AUGAUUCAUUAUUUGAUUUUCCCCAUAUUAUUAAUUUUUUUCCAAAUUAUUAAAUCCAGCGGGUAUUAUGUACCAGCAAAUGGUGAUGAUUGGACAAUAUUAAAACCUCCUUCAUGUAAAAAUAAAUUACCAGGACAAUAUAUUGAUAGUUUACCAUUCACAUUUGGUAUUGUUGUUAACCCUUAUAUUCUUAAUGAAGAUGGUGAUUAUGAAAAACCCAUUGUAUCUAAAAUUAAACCAAGUUUAACGACGACUACUUUUGUUACUUCAAUAAUUACUACUUCUACUGCUACGGCUCCUGGUUCUAAACCAACUAAAACUAAAGAUAUUAUUGUUCAAAUUCAUGAUGGUCAAGUUCAAAAAAUGAAACAUAAACAUGACUACAGUAGUGGUGGUGGUGAUGAUGAUGAUGAUGACGAAGAUUGUUUUGAUGAAAAAAAUAUUGAUAUGGCCGCUAAAAGAGAUUAUCAAGAUAUGAAUACUCAAGAACAAGCAAAUGAAGAUUCUGGUCAAGUAUUAGCAGAAUCUGAUUCUCAUCAACAAGUGGUUGAUCAAAAUCAACAGAUCAAUGAAGAAGAAGAAGAAACACAAGAACAACAGAUGCAAGAAGAAAAUAACAACACCAAUGAAAUAGAAGACAAUAAGGUACAAGAAUUUGAAACUAUUGAAGAAAUUUAUGAUGAUAUAGAUAAUAAUGAAUCAAGACCAAACAAUAGUAAAAAAUAUCAUAAAAAGAGACCUCAUAAUAAUUAUGAAAAUAAACAUGGACAUAAAGAUUAUCAUGAAGAUCAUCAUCAUAAUCAUCGUUAUAAAGAUCAUGAAAACGGCCACGAAGAAGAUGAUCACAAAUGGAAUAAACCAAAACCAAUGCCUGAACAAGAAGAACAAGAACAAGAACAAGAGCAAAAGCCAAAACAUGAGAAAUCGGAAGGUUAUGAAUCAGAAUUUGUUUCACCAGUUUAUUCAGUUGCUUGUUAUACCAAUUCUACUUUAAAAAUGACAUUGACCGAUGGAAUUUUACGAGAUUCUGAUGAUAGAAUUGGUUGUAUUGUAUCGGGUCAUCAAUUUCAAUUUGAUGGACCUACUCCUCAACAUGGUGCUAUUUAUGCUGCUGGUUGGUCGGUUACAAAACAAGGACAAUUGGCAUUAGGUGAUUCUACUAAAUUUUAUCAAUGUGCUUCUGGAGAUUUUUAUAAUUUAUAUGAUGAACCAAUUGCUUUCCAAUGUCAUCCUGUUACUUUAGAUGUUGUUGAAUUAAUUGAAUGUUAA